AUGGCAGCAGUCGAGCUGUACCAUUAUCAUCCUUCGUUUAUUCUUUCUCUCGUUGCUCUCGUUGAGGCUACUGGAUAUGCUUGUCGUGCUAUAUCGGCUUCUGAAUCACCAGACUGGACUUUCGUUCCUUAUGCGAUCCAGACCUUUGCGUUUCUUUUAGGUCCGAGUUUGAUUACUGCGAGUAUCUAUAUGAUUCUCAGCAAAAUCAUCAUUGCUUUGGAUGCAGAUAUCUAUUCACUCGUUCCGGUCAAAGUGAUCCCCAAGGUCUUCAUCUUUGGCGACGUAGUCUCUCUGGCAGCACAACUCACUGGUGCUGGCAUCUUGAUCAAUGCCAAUUCAUUCAGUCAACAAAGAACAGCCCAGCUUAUCAUUAUCGGCGGCCUGGCUUUUAAGAUCUACUUCUUCGGCUUCUUCACUUCGGUUUUGCACAUCGUACACAGCCGCAUUGUUGAUAACCCAUCUCGCAGGAGUAUUAAUCUGACCAUACCUUGGAAGCGUUGGAUUAUCGUUCUUUACAUCGCCUGCGGGCUCAUAAUCGCUCGCUCAGUCUAUCGAGUAAUCGAGUACGCCACUGGUCCUCUGGGCAUCCUUCAAGGCACGGAAAUCUACUUCUACAUCUUCGACGCAGGAUUCAUCUUCCUCGUCACACUUCUCCUUAACAUAUUUCACCCAAGACAACUAGCUACAGUUUCAUCAGAUGAUCUAACAGAUGUUGAAACCGUUAUCGUCACUCCUUCAAAGCCCCCUCCUCAGUAUCAACCGCCACGGACACCUCCGAAAUACCUGCAACCACCACCGCAUCUUCCUUCUUAUGCGAAUCUCAGGAAUCGCGGACCUUACUAUCAUUUGCCCCAAUCCCCUUACAGAACUCGGUCGUAUAUACAGUAUCCACCUCCCCUACACUACUACCAGCAGAGAAGACCUCCUACAUUGGCUCACCAUCGUCCACGGACCAACAGAACUUAUAAGAGCUUCAAUACUUCCCUGAGCUCGUCUUCUAGUUUCGUUAGUAUAUACAAUCCUCAGACUGGCCAGUAUGAGCCGUUCCGGCGGUAG